UGCCACUUACUUCAUCUUGUUGGAGAGGAUGCUUGAGGUGCAUGAUGCUCUACAACUGAUGGUGGUGAAUCCUGAGUGGGGUAGAUGGCGGGAAUCACACUCUACUGGAGGAAAAUCUAUCAAACAAAAGAUUCUUGAUGACAAUUGGUGGUCCACUAUGAGAUAUGUUUGCUCUGUCAUCUCACCUAUUGUAGAUGUCAUUAGAUAUGCUGAUACAGACUCUCCUAGUCUUGGAGAGAUAUAUGAGACAUUUGACAGUAUGCUUGGGAAGAUUAAGCAAACAAUUUUGGCCAAGGAUCCUACUUUGGGGUUCUAUGAGCAACAUAUUAGGCCCAUUGUGACACGGAGGUGGAACAUAAUGAACACCCCUCUUCAUAUGGCAGCCUAUGCAUUGAAUCCCAAAUGGUAUGCACCAAAGGAUGGAAGGUUGCCUCCAUGUGACGAUGAUGAGGUUUUAGAUGGGUUCACGCGAGCCAUUGAUAAGAUAUAUACAGAGGAGCAGGCUUCCAUACUUCGUGCACAAUUCCUUGACUUCACAAAUCUUCGUGGUCCUACAUUGAGUAAACCACAGGCGAGGUUGGACAUAGCUAUAUUAGCCCAGAGAGACCCUAUUGGAUGGUGGACAUGGCAUGGGAGGGAUACACCACAAUUGAAAUUGCUUGCCACUCGCUUACUUUCGCAGGUUGCUAGUUCCUCUGCUGCAGAGAGGAAUUGGUCCACAUAUGGCUUUAUCCACUCUAUCAAGAGGAAUAGACUUACCUCUAGACGAGCGGAGAAGCUAGUGGCCGUGCAUAGUGCUCUUCGACUUCAGGAUCGUCAGACUCCAGAGUAUCGACAGACUCCAGCUUUACGAUGGGAUGUUGAUCCCGAAGAUGUGGCCCAAGUUGAUGAGGAGGAGACACCACAGGGAUUGGUUGGGAUUCCAUUGGACGAAGUGGACAUUGACCAGGACAGUGGCAUAGACUUAGAGGACUCUGAUUUUGAUGCAAUGUUAGGAGAUGCAGAUUAGGGGCAGCAUUAUACUUUGCUUUUUAGUUUUUACUUUUUAGUAUUUACUUAGUAGUUAGUACUAUUUCAGUAUUUUGAUUUCCAUAUCGCAAUUGACAAUGAAACAAUAUGGCAGCAGUGUAGCCUUUGGGCAUUUUGUAUGUUAUUUGAAUUUCUUUAAUAUCUAUUAUGAUAUGCAUAUUGACAAUGUGAAUGAAUUGAAAUUCUAAAUUAUGAGUGCAUAUUGAGUAUUGACUAUUGAGUCUAUUGAUAAUGUUGUAUGUUCGAUGUUUGCAUUCUAAAAUGUUUUCAUAGUAUCAUACACAUGCUAUAUCCAUGUUUUCAUAGUAUCAUACACAUGCUUUAUCCAUGUUUUCAUAUGAACAUUUAAAUUUUCCUAUAUAUUUUUAA